AUGAAGCUCGCCCUCCCCCUCGCCGUCCUCCUCACACACGCCGCGACCUCUGUACUCGGCGCGUUCCAGCUCACCAGUACCAGUAGCGCAUACACCGUCGAUACUGAUGGCGGGCUCGUCUUCUCCGUCAGCCGCACCACGGGCGACAUCUUGACGCUUGUAUACAACUCGGUCGACUACCAGUCGAAGGAGGGCAAAUGGACGCAUAUCAAUUCGGGCCUGGGAACGAGUACGGUCACGGCAGCGACGGUCGGAAGUGAUUAUAUUAAGAUUACGAUCGUGUCGGCGGCAAAUCCGGUGACGCAGUAUUACGUUGCGAAGAAGGGGGACAGUGUGAUCUAUAUGGGGACAUAUAUCACGGGCGAGGUGUCGCCCGGAGAGCUGCGGUGGUUGGCAAGGCUAGAUAAGACGAACCUGCCAACCAGCAUCCGCGACCCAGCGAGUGACAACACGGGCGGCGUGGCCAUCGAGGGGAGCGAUGUGUUCUUGGCCGACGGGACGACGAGGUGUAAGUUUUACAGCUCGGAUCGGUUUAUCGACGACUUGGUGCACACCGUUUCUGGGCCUGGAGUUUAUAUAUCACUCGUGAUGCCUGGAACGGCGUAUGAGACCUCCUCCGGUGGUCCUUUCAUGCGUGAUAUCAAUAACCAAGAAACAUCGACGCAGCAGGAGUUUACGUUUUACAUGAACUCGGGCCAUCUCCGCACCGAGCCUUGGAGAAUGGGUCUAAAGGGCCCCUACGCAGCUGUCUUCUCAAGCACGGGUCCAGCGUCUGGCACCCUGGAUACCAGCUUCUUCAGUGGGCUUGAUAUCCUUGGCUAUGUCCCGCAGUCGGGCCGUGGGCGUGUGACCGGGACUGCCUCUGGUGUUCCAUCGGGAUUCGAGGCAGUCAUCGCCUGGUCCAACACCGAGAACCAGUACUGGACACGCGCCAGUACCUCUGGUAGCUACACGAGCCCUACAUGA